AACACGACUCGAACACGCUAGAAACCCAAUUCGAAACGUGGACCCAAAACCUCAACCCGGGGUUCACUCCUGUGUCCACGCGCCUCCGUGCAACAAUCAGACCCAGAUUUGCCUCUCCGCGACAUCUCCGCUGGACUGCCAGCAAUUACAAGCACAAUCAUCUCACAUAUCUCACCAUGAUCAAAAUCCUAAUCGACGGUAGGCGAAUUCGCCAUGGUUGAAACUUAGUACGAAGAGUAAUCGGUUUCCGGUGCCUUGUAUGUGAGCGUUCCCCUCUCCAAUUCCCAUGAUUCGUUUUUUUCUGUUGUUGCCGAAGUUUCUGUUUAAUCGCGCUUUUUGAUGUGUACAAGAAAAAUGUUGAACAUCGAAGAUUGUAAAGCUACACUUGAGAACUUAAUGCAAUGUUAUUUUAUUCGGUUUUACUUAGAAUUAAUAAAGCAAACGUUUGGUUAUGUCUUUUACAUGCGGUUAGGUCUUAAAUAAAGCAUAAAGCCUCUGGUGUUAUAAACCAGAACGGCUUUUUGUUGUUGAAUAAUGAUUAUUAGGUAUGCCCAAAUGUUAAAGUUGAGGAGGCAAUUAGGGUUUUUUUCAGUGAAAUGGGAUUGUAUGGAUGCGAACCAACCGUAUAUUCCUAUAGCUUAGUGAGGGGUUUUUGUGAGAAGGGAAGAGUAGGGCAAAGUGGUUUAGGGUUUUAUAAGGAAAUGAGGGAAGGAUUGGUGCAUAGUGGAAGAUUUGUUGACUCAAAGACUGUUUUUGGAAGGAUUGGUGUAGGAAGGGAAAGUGAUGAAGCUUUUGAGUUUAAUUGA